GUUUGCUGUAGACCCCAAAUACCAACACAAUGCUUGAAAUUAGUCUUGUAAUGGGGAUAUUCAACUUAUCUAUUGCUGCAUGUUUCAUAUGUUUUAUAAUAUGCGUUUUUCUUCAAACCAUUUCAAUGUAACGACACUUUUUAUUUUAUGGUUGGUCCACUCUUGACCACUUUGUCCAAGUGUGUUAGGUGAGUAGAAGUUGUUGAUUGAUCCAUUUCAAUAUAAGUAGCGCGGCGUUGGUGAAAUUGAGCAUGUUUGAAGGCUGCAUUUAAGGAAUUGAAAAGUGAUGGAGAUUGAUAUUGUAGUUUGUGCUUUUUUGUUUUGUAGAGGGAUUUGACUGAUUCAACUGUCUUAAGGAACAUGGGUGUCAAUUUUGGUUAUUCUCUUCUUGCAUAUAAAAGUACACUUCAAGGAAUUGGGAAGUUUCACUUUCAGGUCAACGAAUCUCGCUUGAGCGAAGAUUUGAACCAGUGCUGGGAGGUACUUGCUGAACCAAUACAAACGGUUAUGCGAAGAUACAGUGUUCCUGAGCCUUAUAAAAAGUUAAAAGAGCUGACUAGAGGGAAAACAAUUACCAAGGAAAGCUUAAGAGACUUCAUUGAAGGCUUAGACAUUCCAUAAAAUGCAAAGACCUAUCUCUUAAAGUUAACACCGCAUACUUACGUUGGAACCGCCGUUGAAUUGGCCAGAACGGUUGAACACCAAGUGAAUAAUAUUUUGAAUGGAGCAAUCUAGGAAACAGGUGGUUUGAACCUGAAACAGUUUUACAGAGGUUUCGAUUAGUUAACGAGAUUACUUUACUGCUGCGAAUGCGAUUUUUCGACCUGGUUCUCGCCAUUGAUAAUUAUUAGUUGAUAAAUGAACCUUCUGAUAAGUUGUUUUAUUUAUGAAAAAGAAAAUA